ACACAGUUUGGGGUUAGCAGUGAUCAGAGCUAGAUAUCAAGGGAAACUUACAUUUUCCUGUUUUCAUUGUUUUAUUUUCCAAUAGUGUGUCUGAAUAGACAAAUACACUAUGCAUUUGGUGAUACUCAUUUUAAUCCUCCAAACGCUUCAAUCUUGUCAAGCAUAUACAGAUGACUCCUCUCAAACUGGAAAAAAGGCAUCACAAUCAGAGCUUAAUAAGACUCAAACUGAGCCCUAUAUAACUCAACAAUCCAAUGCAUGCUCCUGGAGUCCCAGGAUCCUUAGAGAUGAGAUAUGGACUUCAGUCACAUUCACUGCAGAGUCCAGAGAUCAAGUAGCCCAUCAGAUCUGUAUGGAACUUGGCUGUGGUGGAGUCUACAGUCUUAAUGAGACCAGCGCACCACCCAACAGUACCUGCCUCACAAACUGCACCUACCAUGAAUAUCAUCUUCAGAACUGUUCCCAUGUUGUGAGGAUUAAUUGCACAAUGGUGUCCGAUGUCGUUUGUGAGCAUCAGGCUGUGAGGCUGGCUGGAGGCGAGCACCGCUGUGCUGGACGUGUAGAGCUGUGGAGAGAGGGGCAGCAGUGGGGCACGGUGUGUGACGAUGAGUGGGACUUGAGGGACGCUGAUGUGGUAUGUGCCCAGCUUGGCUGUGGGUAUGCUUUGAGUGUGACAGGGCAGGGUGGUGCCUUCCCUCAGGGAAAGGAUCCCAUCUACCUGGAUGAGCUGAAAUGUACUGGCAAAGAGGAAAACCUGUGGCAGUGCCCAGCGUCAGAUGAAAGCCAUGACUGUGGGCACAAGGAGGAUGCUGGGGUGGUAUGCUCAGAGCUGAAGGCAGUGAGGCUGACCGGAGGUGUGGACCGCUGUUCUGGUAAAGUGGAGAUCCACCGUAAUGGAUCAUGGGGGACAGUGUGUGAUACCUGCUGGGGGAAGGAGGAAGCCUCAAUGGUGUGUUCCAUGUUGGGCUGUGGGGAGCCAGUUCAUUUUCUAGCUUUCAUACCCCCUUUCACUCACAAUGAUAGUACCCUGUGGUACUACCAAUGCUUUCCAAAUCACACAGACCUUUGGCAGUGUAAGGAGUAUGCCAACAAGACAACAUUGUGCGCUGACUCUAAAGCGGCUGGACUUAUUUGUAGUGGAUCACAUGGACGAUAUCUUGCAGUUACAACAGAAGCAACUACAACAGUAUUAAGCAGGAGGCCAGGCCUAGUGACUACAGCCAGUGUUUCAAAUGAUGGCUUCCCAUUCUCCAUGUCCCUAGAGCUGCUGGGGUGCAUCUCCCUUUCCUUCCUUUUGCUCAUGGCUCUGGUCACAAACGUUCUGCUUUGCUGCCACUACAGGAGGAGAGAUGCUCUCUUAGUCCAGCACAAACAUGCUAACCUGCAAACGCCAACUGAGCAUGACAACGACUACCGGGACUCUGUGAAUCUCAUCAAGGUUACAACCAGCAGCCCAACAGAAAAUGAUGUCCCAUCAAAUCCCAGAUAUCAGUGGACCCAGAGUAGUGUGGACAGCACCUCAGUGGAUACAGACUAUGAGCAGUGUGAUCUAAGCACUGAGGCAGCUGUGCAUAUGACCACCUUUCAGAAUUCUAUACGAUACAAACAAGAUACCAGGAACCCUUUUAUGAGGGCUACAGCUCUGAACAGUCUAUCUGAGGAAGCACAUGCAGGAGACAACCAUACCGUUUUCAUAGGAGGCAUUGUUGACCAAGAUCCAGGAUGCAAUAUAGGGCCCCCAAGUGUGGACUCCUUUGAUUCUUCCAGCACCUCCUCCGAGGAAUGCUAUGAAAACACAGGCAAAGAUGUAGAGAAUCUAGUGACAUCAGAAGGAAUGGAUCCAUGGCAACCUCCAGUUACCCACAAUGCAAAUAACCACCUGAUACUGUCGUGGAGAAUCUUAACAAAAUGCAACACUUACAAGAACUUGUGAAUUCAAUAUAGGCUUUUAAUACAAACAUGUCAGAAGCUUAGAUGGUCCGCGGAGCACACCCCUGUCCAGAGCACUGGCUCUGAUUUAUACACAUACAACAUAUGAGUCCAUCCCACAUGCAAAUGAAGUUACUUCCCUCAGUCCAUCUGCCACCAUUAUAUCCCAAUCUGUGCAUCCUGCUUGUUCAGCUCGCUAAUGCCCAUAUCCGCUUUCAGUUAAGUCAUAAUGGUGACAGGACCUCUUCAUGUCCCAAAAAUAAUACAUGCCUAUCCUAUGCUAUGGGCCCCCUUACGUUCAGCCUGGUGUGUUCUUUGGUAUGUCUGUCCUUAUUAGGACUCGUAGACUAUGUGUCUCUUCUGACAUUCCUUCAGCAUCUUCAUGUCCUACAAAUAUAUGGCCUAUGUCUAUCAGUUGGUCAUUUGGCUGACAUCCUCGUUUGUAUGUCCUUCUGACCUUGGUAUGUCCAGCUUUCCUAUGCUCUCAUGGCCUUACUCUGGCCUCCUGUCCUAUACAAUAGCCAAUGCAUUUUACCAGAAUGGCAAAUGCACUCUAAGUGUAUCUUUCUCUUGUGUUACAGUAUUAUGUUCCUCCCUAUACAGUGCCUUGCGAAAGUAUUCGGCCCCCUUGAACUUUGCGACCUUUUGCCACAUUUCAGGCUUC